UGGCCCGCGCAUUGGAGGUGGAAACCCCUUUGGGUGUGCCUCAGAGAUCAAGGCGUCCGGCUGCGAGGAGCAUAAAUGGGGGAUCCUGCCCCGCCUGCCAGGGUGCUCCCGAACCCCCAGGCAUGCGGACCUGCCUCGUCCUCUGCGCUCUGCUCGCCGUCCUGGCCCCAGCCAGGGCUGCGUUUCUCGACGAGAAGUGUCUCCGGUACCGGGGCCGGUGCGUCAGCUCCUGCCUGAAGUCCGAGGAGCUGGUGGCUCUGUGCCAUCGCGCGCUCAAGUGCUGCGUGCACGUGGAGCAGUGCCAGAACGCGCUCAUCCCGCCGCUGCCCACCUGA